UGUGAUUUUGUUGCUUUGCGCAGCAUUUCAGCUUUCAUAAAAUAACUCUGCAAUAGAAAAACUAGUAUCAGGCCAAAGUGUGGUUUGGAUAAAAGAUUUUUGCCGGUCAUGUGAGACACAUGGGGCAUUAGGGCUGACAUGAGCUGUUGAGAGGUAUUUUUAGACGCGGGUCUUAUCUAAACUUUCAGAAGCCUGAACCUUGGUCCUUCAUCUUGCCAGGUCAGGCACUGAAAAGAGAUCGACGGGCAUCAUGGGAACCGAACGAGUGGUGGAGCCAGAGGGGUCAGCUGGUGACCUCACAGUGUGGCUGGGCAGAUCGCUGACAGUCGGAUGAGACCAAGACCACCAACAGUGACGCUGCUGGACUCGAGGACGGUGCAAGGCGAACUCAAAUGGGUUGCGAGUCCGACGGAAGGAGGGUGGGAAGAGGUGAGCAUCAUGGAUGAGAAGAAUACGCCAAUCAGGACGUACCAAGUAUGCAAUGUAAUGGAACCCAGCCAAAACAACUGGCUUCGAACAGACUGGGUUCCCCGCGGAGGAGCCCAGCGCGUCUACAUCGAGAUCAAGUUCACCCUGCGUGACUGCAACAGCCUGCCCGGAGUCAUGGGAACGUGCAAGGAGACGUUUAACCUUUACUAUUACGAGUCCAACAACGACAAAGAGAGGUACAUCCGAGAGAACCAGUUUACCAAAAUCGACACCAUCGCGGCCGAUGAGAGCUUCACGCAGGUGGACAUAGGAGAUCGCAUCAUGAAGCUGAACACGGAAGUAAGAGACGUGGGAAUUUUGACGCGGAAGGGCUUCUACCUGGCCUUCCAGGAUGUCGGGGCCUGUAUCGCCCUGGUGUCCGUACGGAUCUUCUAUAAGAAAUGUCCACUUACCGUACGCAACCUGGCCCAGUUUCCCGACACCACCACAGGGGCGGACACCUCAUCUCUAGUGGAGGUACGGGGUUCCUGCGUGGACAAUUCAGAGGAACGGGAGGUUCCUAAGAUGUACUGCGGAGCAGAUGGAGAAUGGCUGGUGCCUAUUGGAGACUGUUUAUGUAACCCUGGCUUUGAGGAACAUGGAGGAACCUGCCAAGCUUGUAAGAUCGGUUACUACCGAGCGUUAGCUACGGACGACAGCUGCUCUAAAUGUCCGCUGCACAGUUACUCCGUGAGGGAGGGAUCUACUUCCUGUGCCUGUGAUAAAGGAUUCUUCCGGGCUGAGACGGAUCCUGCCUCGAUGCCCUGUACACAACCGCCUUCCGCUCCCCAGCACUUGAUUUCCAACGUGAACGAGACGUCUGUGAAUCUGGAGUGGACAACUCCGUCCUCCACCGGCGGCAGGCAGGACCUCGCUUACAACGUCAUCUGCAAACGCUGCAACUCGGACGGCCAGCGCUGUCAGCCCUGUGGCAACGGCAUCCAUUUCUCCCCUCAGCAGCUGGGUCUGCGUGCCACCCGCGUGUCAAUAAAUGAUCUUCAGGCACAUACCAACUACACCUUCGAGAUCUGGGCUGUCAAUGGGGUCUCCAAGCAGAGUCCUGGACCAGAGCAGGCAGUAUCUGUGACUUUAACCACUAACCAAGCAGCUCCCUCUCCGGUUACCACCAUCCAUGCCAAGGACAUCACCAGACAUGCUGUGUCUUUGGCAUGGCAGCAGCCGGAGAGACCCAACGGAGUCAUCCUCGAGUACGAGGUCAAGUACUACGAGAAGGAUCAGAACGAGCGGAGCUAUCGGAUAAUGAAGACCUCGUCCCGCAGCGCCGAGAUCAAAGGCCUGAGCCCACUCACUUCGUACGUGUUCCACGUGCGUGCUCGCACCGCCGCCGGCUACGGAGACUUUAGCGCCCCUUUCGAGUUCAUGACCAAUUCAGUUCCUUCUCCUAUCAUCGGUGAUGGUGCGAACUCCACCGUCCUGCUUGUGUCAGUGAUCGGCAGCGUGAUUCUGUUGCUCAUCUUCAUCGGAGUCUUCGUCAUCAGCCGCAGGAGAAGCAAAUACAGCAAAGCCAAACAGGACUCUGAUGAGGAGAGACAUUUACAUCCAGGGGUCCGGAUCUAUGUGGACCCCUUCACUUACGAGGACCCCAACCAAGCCGUCCGUGAAUUCGCCAAAGAAAUCGACGCCUCCUGCAUCAAGAUCGAAAAGGUCAUCGGCAUCGGAGAAUUCGGGGAGGUGUGCAGCGGCCGUCUUAAGAUGCCUGGAAAGCGAGAGAUCUGCGUGGCCAUAAAAACCCUCAAAGCAGGAUAUACUGACAAACAGAGGCGGGACUUCUUGAGCGAGGCCAGCAUCAUGGGUCAGUUCGACCACCCCAACAUCAUCAGACUGGAGGGAGUCGUCACAAAAUGUAAGCCGGUUAUGAUCAUAACCGAGUACAUGGAGAAUGGUUCACUUGAUGCUUUUCUAAGGAAGAACGACGGGCGUUUUACAGUCAUUCAGCUGGUGGGCAUCCUGCGCGGCAUCGCGUCAGGAAUGAAGUAUCUGUCGGACAUGAGCUACGUACACCGUGACCUGGCGGCACGCAACAUCCUGGUCAACAGCAAUCUUGUUUGUAAAGUGUCUGACUUUGGCAUGUCUCGAGUUUUGGAGGAAGACCCAGAUGCUGCUUAUACGACCAGGGAAUUAACAGGAACCUAUCAAUCACAGGGAGGCAAGAUACCCAUCCGCUGGACCGCCCCCGAAGCAAUCACGUAUAGGAAGUUCACCUCUGCGUCCGACGUGUGGAGUUACGGUAUUGUGAUGUGGGAGGUGAUGUCAUACGGAGAGCGACCCUAUUGGGAUAUGAGUAACCAGGAUGUGAUAAAGGCUAUCGAGGAAGGUUACAGACUGCCUCCACCCAUGGACUGCCCCGUUUCCCUGCACCAGUUGAUGUUGGACUGCUGGCAGAAGGAACGGGCCGAAAGGCCAAAGUUUAGCCAAAUCGUCAACAUGCUGGAUAAGCUGAUCCGCAACCCCAACAGCUUGAAACGGACGGGGGGAGAGCUAGCCAGACCCAACACCACCCUCUUAGAGCCCAGCAGCCCCGAAUUCACGUCUACCCUGGGAACAGUCACCGACUGGCUGCAGGCCAUCAACAUGGAGCGUUACAGAGACAACUUCACUGCCGCAGGCUACACGACCCCAGAGGCUGUGGUCCAUAUGACACAAGAAGACAUGACGAGGAUAGGGAUCUCCACCACGGCACAUCAGGACAAGAUCCUCAGCAGCGCGCACGGAAUGUUGUCCCACAUGCAACAGAUACAAGACAGGAUGGUUCCUGUCUGAACCCACGGGAUAGGAACACAAACUCGAAACACGCUUUUUUAUUUUGUUUUUUAAGAAAGUCCAUUUACCUCAUCCAUGCACUUUAAAUUAAAUUUUGGUAAUGAAUGAUAAACAAACAGAAUAAAGAUUUCAGAGGAACGAUACAGCACUUUUUCUCAAUGCCAUCAUCACUACCCGCCGAGAGUCAAAGAGGAUUGUCCCAUGCUGUACUGGAAAUAUUUCCGAGGAAGCUUUUGAUCAGUUCCUUCAUUUCAAUGAAACUACGAAGGAGUUUCUCUGUUUCUUUUAACUGUUUAAUUUUGUACGUACGUCUCUGUAAGUAAUUGUAUAAAUAGUACAGAAUUUUUUUUUGUACGAGUACGCUCCUGCCAUUUCACUCGGAUCGUUACGCUCAAAAUGGAGGCGUCGACGAUACAGAUUUUACGCACUCUUUAAUGCGGAGAUUUUCCUCAAAAGAAUCUAUCUUCCCAAAGUCCACAAUGGAGGACUUCAUCGGGCUUGUUCUGGAGGUCUUCCAGGUCUCCCCACCCUCAGAACGGAAUAUCUUUCCCCACUCCGCCAUUCUCCACACCGCUCCACUUGGCUGGGAACUGUCGGAAUAGAAAAAUCUGCACUCCGUUUACAUCCCUCUCUCUCCACCUCGGUCUCCACGGUCCCCUUGUACUUUUCCUCACUCUCUCGCUCCAUCUACGUCUCUCUCCCGGUCUCCGGAGACCUUCAGCAGGCCAUGAAAUCAACACACGUCUCCCUUACUGGAUGUUCCAUCAGAGCUGAGCUUAGAAUCAUCUUCAUACAUCUGCUCCUCUGUGUGAUGUACACAGUCACUACAGAACAACAUUUUCCUGACACCGGGACAAAGGACUUCAAUUCCCAUGAUUCCUAAAAUGGUUACGCUAUCGGAGAAAUGACAAACAACCCAUGGAGCGGUUGAGAGCCCUACAGUCAUCUCCUUAGAGAUCCAAUGAGCGAUUAUAAUGAAAAAUUUCAUCUAGUGCCGUGAUUCCUGACAGAAUUUCUUCCAAGUCUUUGUUCUCGGUGCAGUAAGUUUCUUUCCGAAUUGUUUUGAGACAUACAGGACUAAAAACUCUUGUGGAGACCUGCAUUCUGGAUUUGUUUGCUAUAUACGCUAAGACUGCUGGUUUUUUUUUUUGCUUUUUCGGCAAGACUGGAGAACCUAACAUAUGUCACAUUUCCUCGGACUCCAGCAUAAAGAUUCAAACGGCUGAAAGGAACCUGAAAGAGGAACGUUUAAUUUGUACCCAAAAUGAACUUAUUAAAGGAAUGUUUAUGAGAACGAGGGGGGACGACUUAACAUUUCAACAUUCGUGCUCUGUUACAUGUCAACUAGAUUCAUUCCGUCCAUUUUAAGACUUUAUUCUGAGGGAAAGGGGCGGUCCUUGAAAUACGUUUCUUUCUUCCUCUCAUUUUUUGUUUUAGCUUUCAAUAUUUCCUCCUCGCUGUUUGGUGUCAACCGUAUGGGACCUGUCUGGAAUAUGCAAUGAAUGUGAGAGGAGAGAAAUACAAUAGAAUGUACCGUGCCAUGUCUCCUAACGUAGUUUAUUCUGGAGAAAUCCACUAACAGAUCACUUUUCUCCGCCGUUCUAGACAUUUAAGUUUAACGUUGUGUAUAAUUGUCAAUACUGUCAUCGUCUUUUCCAUUUUUUAUUUUAUGAAUUUAGGUACAUGAAACAUGUCAUUUAUUUAUGGUCUUUUUUAUCUAGUUUGUAAAUUGUAAAAUAGAGCUAUGAGAGAAAUAAAUGAUUGCCAAGUGCAUUGUAA